AUGAGUUCGGAGUACAAUCGCUCUUCACUACCUCUUCCAAUUUUCCAUGGAGAAAACUAUGAUUUUUGGUCCAUUAAAAUGAGGACCUAUUUUCGAUCACAAAAUCUAUGGAAAAUUGUUGAAGAAGGAAUCACUAUUCCGGAAGAUAUUACAUCUCUUUCGGAAGACCAAAAGAAGGCACUCGAGGAUAAUCAACAAAAGGAUUCUCAUGCAUUAUAUUGCUUGCAACAAGCUAUGGCGGACAAUCUUUUUCCACGAAUUAUGAGCGCAGCAACGGCAAAAGAAGCAUGGGACACGCUACAGGAGGAGUUCCAAGGAACAGUCAAGGUACGCGCAGUUAGACUACAAAAGCUUAGAAGAGAUUUUGAGAAUCUUAGAAUGAAAGAUAAUGAGACUGCAAAAGAUUACUAUUCUAGAAUUAAAGAAAUAGUAAAUCAAAUGGGAGCCUAUGGAGAAAUAAUUUCUGACAAGAAUAUAGUACAAAAGAUACUAAUUUCUUGUACAGAAAAAUAUGAUUCAAUAGUUUCUGUGAUAGAGGAAACUAAAGAUUUAGAAACUCUAUCACCAACUGAACUAAUGGGCUCUCUUGAAGCAUAUGAAAGUAGACGAGAAAGGCAUAAGGAAAGUGAAGUAGAAAAUGCCUUUCAGUCUAAAAUCAAUUCGCGAAAUCCCAUCAAGUUAAUUUUUGUGAAGAGAAAAAUGAUGAAAGUAAUCUCUUCUAUGUCUGCCAAAGAAGAAAAAGAUACUUGUUAA